AUGGAGGCGUUCCUGUCGCUGAUUACCAGCACAUCCCAAACACGUCCAUCUGUGCAGGCCUCCAGUGUGCGGGAGGCCCUGGGAGCCCCAGGAGUUCCGUGGACAGCCACGGAUGAAACUUCCUUGGCAAUGGGCAAGAUGGCGUUUUUGGGCGUCUGCGGAUGCUGGGCCCGGCAGGCCCGGCAGGCCCGGCAGGCCCGGAGGAUCCCAAGAGUCCUUCGACGAGCUGACAAAGUCAUCAGAGGUGGAUCCUACACAUUAGCUGACUUGGCAGGAAAGGUCAAGGCAACUCCCGUGAAGCCAGACGGGACGGAGCUUUCUCCUGGGGAGGUACGACACAUGGAAGUGCGACAGAAGCAGAUCGCUGCUUUGAACAAUUUCAUGCUGCAAAAGCAUCGAAAGAGCCGGAAAAAAGGCAUAGCUCCACAGAUUCUUUACACAGACGAGCCCGACAACCCCUGGAGGGAUCGCUACCUCCUGUGCGAAGACUGUGAGAAGCGUGUAAACCUCGGCAAAGAACCGCGAUCCAACUGCAAUAACUCGACUUUGCUAGAGCUGGACAUGACUGCACCCUUUUCACGCGAAAAUGUGAUGGUUACUAGCUGCGACAUUGUGCAAAUGAUUCGUGACGAUGUUUGGGUCUACAAAGACAAGUACGGCAAGCUUACAAGGUCGGACAAGAAAAAUGCAACGGGCACUUUUCCGGUGCAGGUAUGCUGCGUGUGCCGGAAGACGACUUUAGAAGAAGGGAGGCGCUUCAGGAUGUGCAAUGUCUGCCGAGGAGUCUCGUAUUGCUGCGAAAGAUGCCGGGCCGCGCACAAUCUCAAGCACCAGGCCACAUGUGUUCGACCAUACUUGCCAUACCGUGGUGAGUGGGGCAUACGCAAGGAGCUCAGAAACAUGCGCUCAGAGAUUUAUCCUCUGAUCAAUACCUGGGCCCUCAAGGAGCCAGACCAGCACCGGAUAGCCUGGCUACCAGCUCCAGAGCACCAGCAGAAACUGUUGGAUCAAAGCCGGCCCAAGAAGAAGGUGAGCCUUCCUACGGGAUCCGGGAAUCGAAAACUACUUGCGGCAGAGGGCAUUGCGAGAAGUUGUGUGCAGGACGGCAAGAUUGUGCUACGGGGGAGGGCACCAUUGGCAUAUCGGCGGCAGCGCACCUUUGCCAAGCAAGAGGUGCCCGAUCAGGCUUUCUUGGACAUGAUCGGAAUGACCGAGGAGGAGUAUGUACAGAGAGAUUUGGAGCUGCGGAAAGAGGUGCAGGAGGAGGACGAUGCAUCUUUGUCAAUUGUCGAAGAGGUGGUAGAGGAGCCUGCUGAAAACUUGACGCUCAAGAAUGGCACGUUCGGUGGCAAGAAGGUGAGACCGAGAACAACCCUUCGAGGAAAUCACAUACCAAUCCCGGUCAGAGAAGUCCCGCAGGUGGUCUUGGAUGAAGGUGCCAUAGCCCGCAUGGAAGCAGCCGUGGAGAGUGGAGAGAUUGUCAACAUCGACGAGAAGCAGUUUGCACCAAGCAAGCCUGUUUGGGAGAUGCCACGCCAGGGUCAAGCAAGCAAGUUCUGGACUCCAGUGCCAGAAGACAGAAAGAAGGAAGGCGUGGUGUAUCCAGAGUCUCCAGUUCGCGAGCUUGCCAAGAAGCAUGGGUUGCGACUCUCGGAAGAUGCCCUCAAGCGCUUGGAGGCUGCCGCAGAGGGAGCCGAGCAUAAUCGACACCGUAUUAGCUGGCAGAAGCCACUGAUCGUUGAUGAUGCACAGGAGCAGCUGACUUAA